CGCCAUGUACGGGGGAGGAGGCCGCGGUAAAGGCGAGAGGAAGAGCGGCGCCAAGGAGGAGGCCGGGCCCGGUAAUGGCGGCGGCGCGGGGGGGGGCCGUGUGGAGCUGCUGGUCUUCGGCUACGCCUGCAAGCUGUUCCGCGACGACGAGCGGGCCCAGGCCCAGGAGCAGGGCCAGCACCUCAUCCCCUGGAUGGGGGACCCCAAAAUCCUCAUCGACAGAUAUGAUGGACGUGGUCACCUGCAUGACCUUUCUGAUUAUGAUGCUGAAUAUUCCACCUGGAACCGAGACUACCAGCUGUCCGAAGAGGAGGCACGAAUAGAUGCCCUGUGUGAUGAAGAGAGGUAUUUAGCCUUGCAUACGGACUUGCUUGAGGAGGAGGCAAGGCAAGAGGAAGAAUACAAGCGACUGAGUGAAGCCUUAGCCGAGGACGGAAGCUAUAAUGCUGUGGGAUUCGCUUACGGCAGUGAUUAUUAUGAUCCUUCUGAACCAACAGAGGAGGAAGAACCUUCUAAGCAAAGAGUAGAAAAAAAUGAGCCUGAAAAUGCAGAGGAAAAUGAAGAGCCUUUCAUUGCCCCUUUAGGAUUGAAUGUGCCCUCUGACGUGGAACUGCCACCUACGGCCAAAAUGCAUGCCAUCAUCGAGCGAACUGCAAAUUUCGUCUGCAAACAGGGAGCCCAGUUUGAGAUCAUGCUCAAAGCUAAGCAGGCUCGGAACUCUCAGUUUGACUUCCUGCGAUUCGAUCACUACCUCAAUCCCUACUACAAACACAUCCAGAAGGCUAUGAAAGAAGGGCGGUACACUGUCCUGACCGAAAACAAAGGCGACGAGAAAAAAAAUUCAGGUGUCAACUCCGAUGACGACGACGACGAUGAUGAUGAUGGUAAUUAUCUCCAUCCAUCGCUCUUUGCUUCCAAAAAAUGCAGUAGACUUGAAGAGCUUGUGAAGCCUCUGAAGGUGGUAGAUCCCGACCACCCACUCGCCGCACUCGUCCGUAAAGCCCAGGCCGAUAGCAACGCAGCUCCCCCGCAGCCCCCCGACGGGGCCGCCGUCCAAACAGCACAAGUGGAGUACACCGCAGACUCAACAGUAGCGGCCAUGUAUUAUAGCUACUACAUGUUACCCGACGGGACGUACUGCCUCGCGCCUCCCCCGCCGGGAAUCGACGUGGCCACAUACUACAGUGCCCUCCCAGCAGGGGUGACUGUAUCAAGCACUACAGGCGUCACAACAGCACCCCCGCCCCCGGGAACUACCCCCCCACCACCCCCAACAACAACGGAGUCAAGUAGUGGGGUGACUACCAGCACUGCUUCUACCAGCCCUCUCACUCCAGUGGUUGCCAUUAUUCCCCCGCCUCCGGAUAUUCAGCCUGUUAUCGACAAGCUUGCAGAAUAUGUCGCUCGGAAUGGAAUUAAAUUUGAGACCAGCGUUCGUGCCAAGAAUGACCAGAGAUUUGAGUUCUUGCAACCAUGGCACCAGUAUAAUCCCUACUAUGAAUUUAAGAAACAGUUCUACCUUCAAAAAGAAGGAGGCGAAAGCAAACAGGCCGUGUCAGCGCCAGAAGAAGCUCCGGCCGAACCUGCCCCGGAAAGUUCAAGUGAAGCCGUGGAAGAGCCUGGGUCUGAAGAGUCGGCGGAUGUGGGCGGGAAAGGAGCGACAGCGGUGAAGAAGGAUGCUUCUGCUAGUAAAGUUGUCAGCGAUGGCAAAUUGGUAAAAGCUUCAUUUGCUCCAAUAAGUUUUGCGAUCAAAGCCAAAGAAAAUGAUCUACUUCCCUUAGAAAAAAAUCGCGUCAAGUUAGAUGACGACAGCGAUGAGGAAGAAGAGGGCAAGGAAGGCCAAGAAAGUUCGACAGUUACUUCCACCACAAACCCAACAGUCGCCCCACCCUCCUUGGUUGUUGAAGAAAAGAAGCCUCAACUAACACAGGAGGAACUGGAAGCCAAGCAAGCCAAGCAAAAGCUAGAAGACAGACUUGCUGCUGCCGCCAGGGAAAAACUUGCCCAGGCCUCCAAGGAGUCAAAGGAGAAACAACUUCAAGCCGAGCGCAAAAGGAAAGCCGCCCUGUUUUUGCAGACCUUAAAAAAUCCCUUGGCAGAAGCAGAAAUGGGGAAAAUUGAGGAGAAUCCAUUUAGUGUAGAGGAAGUAAGCAAUAUGCCGUGUCCAUUAUUGGCUGGGGUCAGACCACUGCCUACUUUAGAAGUUAAGCCAGCUGAGAGGCCUUCAAGCAAAUGUAAAGAUCCUCCCCGCACAGAAGAAAAAGAGAAGAAAAAGAAGAAGCACAAAAAGAGAUCUCGGACAAGAUCCCGAUCCCCUUCCAAGUACCACUCAUCAUCCAAAUCCAGGUCUCGGUCACAUUCAAAAGCAAAGCAUUCUCUUCCCAGUGCCUACAGAACAGUCCGGCGGUCCAGACCCUCAGCAUCCACAGGGACACUGAGCCCGGAGCCAUGUCUGAGCAGCUCAUCAAUGGCAGCAGCAACAGAUCAAGAAAGUUAUCAGGCAGCUUCGACAACGAAAAGAUUUGCCUCCCGGAGCUCUUUUGAGGGAAAACCUGGUAAAAUGUCAAGGUCACGGUCAAGGUCCCCUAGAAGGAGGGCUCACACUCCUGAGAGACGAAGAGAGGAAAGGAGUGUUCCAACAGCGUACCGCAUGAGUAACAGCCCUGGCAUCAGUAGGAAACGUACUCGUUCUAGGAGCCCCCACGAGAAGAAGAAGAAACGACGGUCUCGAUCUCGCACCAAGUCCAAGGCCCGGUCGCCGUCGGGGUCACCGAGCAAGCAGUCGGCACACAAGAACUCUGCACAUUCAGCCAGCAUCUCUCCUGUGGAGAGUAGGGAAUCCAGCCAGGAACGCUCCAGGGGAGUUUCUCAGGAAAAAGACGGUCAGAUCUCUUCAGCAAUCGUGUCUUCAGUGCAAAGUAAAAUAACUCAGGAUCUUAUGGCCAAAGUGAGAGCAAUGCUUGCAGCUUCCAAAAACAUACAGACUAGUGCCUCCUGAGACCGGAUGGACUACCCAUUACCAAAACGUCGUGGAAGGGAAUUUUGCAAACAAUCUCAGCUGCCUCAUUGUAACAGUGGAUCCUACAUUCUCGAGCAUUUGUUCUCGAGCAUUACUUUCCGUUUGAGAUCAUGAAAAAGACGAAAACCUUACUUCUGUACAGACUCGUCAUGACAGAAUGCCGUCGAUUUUUCGCCCUGGAGCUCCUGAACCGGUGUAUGGUUUUUGUAAAUUGACUUUUGAUGCCCUUUUCAGUUAAGAUUUUUGACCAGCAGCCUCUUACCUGUAUAUAUGUAAAUAAUACGUUUCUGUGAAAAUGAAAUACACAUUAAAAUUGGAGAGAAACAUCUUUUAUAGGUAGCAAAA